AUGCACACUCUCAAUCCAACCAAUUAUCAAUUUCUUAAUGAUGAAGUGUCACCUUACAUAAACCACUUUAUCACACAACCUAGACCAGGUCCAACAACACCAAACAUCACUCAACAAAACUCUCCACCACCUGCUCAACUAGGACCGGCCCCAACUCCCCCUCAACCGGCCCAAACUUUGCCUUCCACAUCUACUCCACCAAAUAUACCACUUCCUGCUAUUUACCAAUCUACCGUUAGCUCUGACAACAAACCAGUUACGAGGAGCCAACAUGGAAUUUUUAAACCCAACCAAAAAUACAUCAAUCUCCACACCGAAAUCACAAAAUCUCCUAUCCCUCGUAACCCUGUGUUAGCACUAAAAGACCCGAAUUAG